GAGUUAACUGGAGUAGUGAAGGGCGCAUACAUUGCAGUGAGGUGGACAUCGAGGGAUUGUUGUGUGUCGUAAGCUUUUGACAUUGUUGUGAAAAUUGCUGCUGUAUUAAAAAAGAACAGAGGAGUGAUAGGAAAAUGACAUGGAAUCCGUUGAAGAGGAAUUACUUGACAACGAAGCCAACAUGGGUUCCACAAGUUAUAAGUAAAGCUGAUGACAAGGAGCUGGAUGUCAUGUUCCACAGAUUGCAGCAUUUGGAAGAGAUCACAAGAAGAUUGCAGAAAGAGAUGAAAAAAUAUUUGGAAAUUGCUGGAGCUCUCAGCAAAGCGGAACAAAAAAUUAGUGCUGAUUUGAGCUCAAGUCCACUGUCUCAUCAAAAUGAAAAAUUUCGCACAAUUGUUGAUGAUUACCAUACUGUUACUGUUAAGGGUGUAGAAAAUGUUCCAGAAUUAUCUAAAAUAUGUCAACAGGGGUUCUUGGACCCAUUAAAAAAGUACGGAAGUUUCUUCAGUGACAUUGAUGCCACAUUUCAUCGCCGUGAACAGUUGGUACAAGAAUGGAAGAAUGCUGCUGCAAAAGUGCGCCGCCUUGAAGAACGUGAACGAACUGCUAGCAAUGUUGUUAAAUUAGAACGUGAGAGAAAGACUGCUGAGACAGCUGCAGAGGAACUUAUAGUGUGUCACAAAUCACUUUUGUCAGAUGUCACACAGUUUUAUUCACGCCGUAUAGAUUAUUUGCAGCCUUCAUUGCAAGCCCUUGUAUUAGCUCAGCUGGAUUACUAUGGGGAGGCUACACGACUCUUUACUCUCCUUGUCCCUACACCUGUAUCAGGAUCUGCGGCAAAAGGUUCUCCUUCUUCUGCCGCAGUUAUUGAGUCAGAAUUUCAGCACUCUGUUCAAUCAAAGUUGUCACAAAUAAGGGCUCUGUCAAUUGUGAAACAAUCCAAGGGCAGUUCAGUACAUACAUAAUACGUACAAUAUUCUGCUCUAGACAAUAGUGCAGAAAUAACAGUGACAAAAGAUAUGUAAGUUUUCAACAGCUACUUAUUUUCUUUGUCCUGUUCGGCUCUGACCCACCAAGCCAGGUGUUACAAAGUUUAAGGCACUGAACUCCCAUUUGGAAGGUGUGGGGUUGAAAUCCUAUCUGAUCAUGGUUUUUGUAGUUACGCUAAAUUGCUUAAGGCAAUGCCAAGAUGGUUUCUUUUCAGAAAAACCCUGUUCAAUCUAGGUUUGUGCUCAGUCUCUAAUGACCUCAAUGGCAAGAUUGGACCCUAGCUGUCAUAUGUUUAAGACCAUAUAUCUAAGUCUGUUUUUUCCCCCCUGUUGGAAGGCAGAGCCUGGCGCUUAAUAGCAAACAGCCAGUGCAGGUUAAUUAUUAACAAACAAAAGUCGUACUGUAGCUGUAGUGUAUGAGUUUUGACCUACUGUUCACAUUGUGGCAAUUUCCAGUUUCGUCUUGCCCGGGUAUACAGUUUGGUUGACUGGUGAAAGGCAGUUAACAGUCAUUGUUUACUGGAAUUAAUAGCUUUCAAAUUGUUCACGUUUUGGUUGCACUUUGGCGUAGAGCUUUUGAGAUGCUCCCUAAAAGGUCCAAAGAAACAAGAUUUGCAGUCCAGUGCGAAAGGGCUUGUGUGGAGCAUUUAUU